GGAAAAGGCGCGGAGUGAGCGCAUGUGGGUGGCCGCGUGACGGUAGGGCGUAUGGCGAGUUCCGUGGGGCUGGCGUUGUGCGGACAGGUGCUGGUGGUGCGGGGCGGCAGCCGCUUCCUGGCCACCUCCACUGCGAGCAGUGAUGAUGACAGCCUCUUCGUAUAUGAUUGCAGUACUGCAGAAAAGAAGUCACAAGAAAAUAAAGGGGAGGACGGACAGCCCUUGGACAAGGGGACUGACACGAUUCUGGCAUCCACCUUCUCCAAGUCUGGCAGCUAUUUUGCUUUAACCGAUGACAGUAAGCGUCUGAUUCUUUUCCGUACAAAACCAUGGCAAUGUCUGAGUGUCAGGACUGUGGUGAGGAGGUGUACGGCCCUGACCUUCACAGCUUCUGAGGAGAAGGUCUUGGUAGCCGACAAGUCUGGAGACGUCUACUCCUUCUCGGUGUUGGAUCCACACGGAUGUGGCAGACUUGAACUUGGGCACCUGUCUAUGUUGUUAGAUGUGGCUGUGAGUCCCGAUGACCGCUUCGUCCUCACUGCCGACCGGGAUGAGAAGAUCCGGGUGAGCUGGGCCACAGCGCCAUACAACAUCGAGUCCUUCUGCCUGGGGCACACGGAGUUUGUGAGCCGCAUCUUUGUGGUGCCCAGUCAUCCUGAGCUGCUUCUGUCCUCCUCCGGGGACUGCACCCUGAGGCUCUGGGAGUACAGGAGCGGCUGCCAACUGCACUGCUGUCACCUGGACAGUCUGCCAGAGCCAGCGGAGCCUCAUGGCCACAAGCGGUUUGCCGCGUCCCGCAUUGCAUUCUGGCACCAGGAGAGCUAUGUUGCACUUCUGUGUGACUGUAUCCCUAUGGUCUACAUCUUCCAGCUUGAUGCCCCGAGACAGCAAUUGGUGUUCAGACAGCGGCUGUCUUUCCAGCACCGAGUGUGGGACAUUGCUUUUGAGGAGACACAGGGGCUGUGGGUUCUGCAGGACUGCCAGGAAGCCCCCCUUGUGUUGUGCAGGCCCGAGGGCAGCCAGUGGCAGUCUGUUCCUGAGAGUGCUGUGUUAGAGGACAUCUCCAACUGCCUUCGUGGGAACUGGGCCAUGAUGGAAGGCUCUGCUGGCACAGAUGGCAACUUCAGCAGCCUCUACAAGGCCACUUUUGACAACAUGGCCUCCUACUUAAAGAAGAAAGAGGAGAGAGUGCAGCACCAGCUGGAGAGGAAGCGGCAACAGAAGAGUCCCCCACCCGGGCCCAACGGGCCAGCCAAGAGGACACGGCCCAGGGAGACUCCUUGAGUUACUGAUCUCAGCGGUGCUGGUGGCUUUCACAACCCCAAAACAGCAGGAGCAGUUUUUACCUGUUCCCUCCCCGCCCUGGCAUUUCCCUCUCAGAAGAAAAAGGCAGUGGCAAUUAGGUCCUGACCAGCUCAGUGGACAGUCUCCCGGGCUCUAGAGUGGUCUGUGUCAGCGCAGGCCUGGCAUCUGUUCCCCUUUCUGUUUUGAGGGAAGCCAUGCAGUACAUUAGCCCAAUGAAUGAUACUACAGAUGAGAGUGGACACACCUUUAAGCACUUAUCUUCAUAUUGGAGGAAACGUAUUAACCUGCAGUAGUGGCAGUCAUUGAUUUUUUUUCUACAGUACCCAUAAUCCCAUUCAUGCUGGCGCAGCUUCCUCUACGGAAAGUCUGCAGGCAGACGUUUUUGCAGCAGCAUGAUAUAUGUGACUCUUCCCAGUGGUGGUCUCUGCAUCCCACAUGGUAGCCAUUUGCCACGUGGUGCUACCAAAAAUCAGAAUUAUAUGUUCAGUGCCUCACUAGUUCUAGCCACAUUUCAUGUGCUCAGUAUCCACACAUGGCAAGUGGCUCCUAUAUGGGAAGCCCAGAAAAAAAUGUCUGUCAUUGCAGGGAGCUCUGUGGGACGGUGCUGGCACAGUAGGUGAAUUUGUUUUGGAUUGUGUGAGGGCGGGCCCUGGCUAGAAACCCAAUUUUACAGGGACAUGACUGAUGAUGUCAUGUGUAUUUAUCACUUUGAUUUGAACUCUGUGCACCUGCUGUGGAGCAGUAGGGGUGUCCGCCGAAUUCUGAUCACCAGUCAAUAAAGAUGGUUUUUUUGCAGCUUUCUAGAAAUGUUUAGCAGCAACGUGUAGAACUAGUCUCAAAAUAUAUUGAGCAAGAUGUUUUGUUGAGUGUGCUGUUUGUGACGGAAGUGCUCGCUGCUUGAUUUGGAAGGACAUGUCUUUGCCGGUUAGGCUUAUGCACCUGUUAGCUUAUUCACUCAGUUGAGCUUUUUUUUUACCGUCUCUCCGAUGAUUCUGUCUCAAGCAUGGGAACAACCAUGUGUGUUGGUGAUGACUGAGGUUUUGCUGGGGACGUGGAAACAAAAUUGUGUAUCAAAAGCUGGCAUGCUUCAGACUUUUCAUAAGUGCCUAAUUUUUUUUCUAACAUUGAUCUGAGAACAGUGCUGCUGGUGAAAUGUUCAGGCCACUCACUUGCUGAGGGUGGCAGGAGUUCCAGAGUGCAUUAGGACCCCAGGGAGGAGCAGCUUCUUGACCCUCCCCCAGCUUUCUGUUACCCAACUGCCUGCAUGGGAGCCAGUUACUGAAGCACAAAUUUUUGCAGUAGAGGAAAAAAGGUUUAUUCACAAGACCAUGUGAGAAGAUGGAGAUUUGUAUCUCAGAUCAUCUUGCACACGGAGGGAAGGAUGGUAUAUUCACUGGGAAGUGGUCAGGGUGGGGUGAGGGUCUGUACAGGCUCAAGGCCUCUGCAUACCUCUGAAGGUUCAGAAAACAGAGGGGUCUGGAGCAGGAAUUUUUGGAUAUUCACACAGGCUCCCCGAUGAGGUCUGUGGACUCAGCCAGCCUAGCCCAGUUUGUGUUGGACCAAGCUAACGUCAAGAUCCUGAAAAACACCCUUAGGUGCACAGCCCUAACCCUAACUUCUGCACCAGAGGCAUUAUCUCAAGAAGGCAGAUGGAAAAAAAAAGAAUGAGUUAGUUAUGGAAUUUUACUGAAAGAACAAGUAAGUUCAACAGCUUUAACUGAAAGCCAUGGUUGGAAUCCUGCCUUCGUGCCGGCAUUAGUCCCUCCAUACUCAUGUGCCCCCACCUGUCCCAGAAGUUGCUUUCAUGGUUGGUUUAGACCCAGAUCCACAUACUGUAUUUAAAGGGUUUCUCUCUCUCCACCCUCCACCUAGAACAACGCAGCCCCUGUGUUCCUUUCCUCUUGGGAUCCGUGGUGAUGUGGGAUGUUAUCCUGCUUCUCCUGAUCAGCAAAGCAGUCUCUCAAUUUGUCUGUUUCAUCUGCUGACCUAUUGUGGGAGUAUGCAGCUUUCUUACCCACUUCUUUAGUCUUACUUUCUUUAUCUCUUAUUUUCCAUUCAUUCUUAAUUGUCUAUAUGUUUUACUUUUGGGGACAUUCCGUGGACUUUGUUCUACCUCUUUUAUUGAUUAAAAAAUUUUGGUUAUAGUUCUUAA